UAAAUAUGGCCGCACACACUGAGUGAAAUUCUGUCAACAUUAGCAAAUUCUUCAUCUGCUUGCGCCCUUCCUCGAAGUUGCGCAAUAAUAUUUAGUAAAAUCUUCAACUUAAGGUUAUAAUCUUUGAGAAAAAUCUCAUUCUGCGGCAUCUUCACAAGGCAAAAGUCUAAAACCGAGCGUCGCAGCCGUGCCGGAAUCCAAAACGGUCUGCGUCGUCGAACGUUGACGUUUUGCUACCUUUCACUCUUUGUAGCUGACACAGAUUAGGAUGAGCUAUAACAAUGACAGAGAUCCUGGACCGAUUCCGCCUCGGUGGCUCCAUUGUCCGAGGAAAUCAUCGGCUCUAUUUGUGAACAAAUUUAUUGCUUUCAAAACUCCUCUUGACGCAAGAUUUGAUGGCCAAGUCAGCCUUGAAAACCGUUUUCCCCCCAGCAUGUUAUUUGACUCUCUGAAGAGCUACAAGUGUGAGCUGGGACUUUGGAUUGAUCUGACAAACACUACGAGAUUUUACGACAAAGAAGAAGUCAUGAAGAGAGACUGCAAGUACGUCAAGUUGUCCUGUCGUGGCCACGGAGAGACACCUUCACUUGAACAGACUGAUGUUUUUAUCAAAAUGUGCAAAAAUUUCAUAGCACAGAACCCCCUGAAAGCCAUUGGUGUGCAUUGCACCCAUGGCUUCAACCGAACGGGUUUUAUGCUGAUUGCAUAUGCCGUGACUGAAAUGGACUGGAGCCUUGACUCAGCCGUGCAGGCUUUCAGCAGAUGCAGAGAACCCGGAAUUUACAAACAGGAUUACCUGUUAGAACUUUAUAAACGAUAUGAUGACAUAAGCGAUGUUUUGGCUGCUCCCGAGAGACCUGCUUGGUGUUAUGAGGAUGAAGGCGAGGAUGAAGAUGAGCCAGAAGAAGGAUUAAAGCACACUAGUUCUAGCAAUGGACAACGAAAGCGCGACAAAGUUUCGAAGAAAAAUCCAGUUUUCAUGGAGGGAGUUGGUGGAGUUAUCGCAAUCACAGAGCAGCCAAUGCUUCAGAAUCUGCAGUGGAAAUUCCAAGACUUCUGUCAUUGGACAUCGACUGGCUUCCCUGGAUGUCAACCUGUAUCCAUGGAUCAGACAAAUAUAUUCAAAUUGAAAAAGCCUUACAUGGUUUCCUGGAAGGCUGACGGCACUCGCUACAUGAUGAUGAUUUUGGGCAGGGGUGAGGUCUACUUUGCUGACAGAGACCACUGUAUUUUCAAAGUGGAGGGCCUCACUUUCCCCCAUCCUAAUGACAAGGAAUUCAGGAGACACUUGUCAAACACAGUUCUUGAUGGGGAAAUGGUUAUCGACCAGGUUAUUGAAAAAAAUGAGGCUGGUAUUCCAGAGCAAAAAGCAAUUCCUAGGUACUUGGUCUACGACAUUAUCACAUGCGAUGGAGACGAUGUUUCGCAAUUGCCAUUUAGAAAAAGAUAUGACUGUAUAGAGAAAAUGGUCAUCAAUCCUCGGCGAGGUGCCAUAGCUAAGGGAAUAAUCAGGAGAAACGGUGAGCCUUUUGGCCUGCGGCGGAAAGACUUCUUUGAUAUUCAUUCUACCAAGUCAUUACUGGGUGAAAAGUUCAGGAAGAGUUUGUCUCAUGAACCUGACGGUCUCAUCUUCCAGCCCAGGGAAGAUCACUAUGUAACUGGUAGAUGUGAUGAUGUUCUGAAAUGGAAACCAUCCUCUCACAACUCGGUUGAUUUCAAACUGAGUGUAGUUCAGCAAGAAGGCGAAGGAUUGGUGAAAAAGAAAAUUGGAUUGCUUUUCUGUGGUGGGCUUUCUGCACCAUAUGCACAAAUCAAGGUCAGCAAGGCUGUCAGAGACUUGGAUGGUAAAAUAAUUGAGUGUCGAUUGAAUGAGAAACAAGAGUGGGAACUCAUGAGAGAAAGAACUGACAAAUCAUACCCAAAUGCAUACUCCACUGUCCAAGGUGUGAUGAACAGCAUCUUGAACCCAGUCACAACAGAAUAUCUUCUAGAAUUCAUUCAAAUCAACUGUCCCAAACCUCCGCAGCAGCAAAAAAGGCCGUCAACAACAGAGCAAAAGCUCAUGCCUCCUCCAAAGCUCGCCAGAUUUUAAGCUACACAACAAUUUUUACCUUUUUUUUUAUUUAUAUCGUUGACUACAAAAUGUGCAGUUUAUUGCUCACUCACAUAAAAUACAUCAGUACCUUUCUGAGGAAAAUAAUUUAUCCGACUGCUUUUCAAUUGAUUAUUUUCAAUAUCACUCAAUUAUUGAAAUACAAAUGAACUGAUAGGUAAGAAAUUAAAUGCAUCAAUUUUUCUGAG